CAGAAGUGGAUGGCCCAAAACCUGCUGGAUGCAAAGUUUUAAAAACAGGAGCAGGAUUUGGAGUUUGGGAUACUUCUACCCCUGGCUGUGGAGAGAGUAAGGUGGAAUAUAGCAGACUUUCUGUGGAAGUUUUCCCUUAGUUGGGAGAGAAGAUAAGGAGCAUUACAGACUGAGCUGUGGUUCAGGGGUACAAAUGGCAGGCACGAGGGGCCCAGCCUGCAUUGGAGUCUGGCUUUAGAGUCCACAGGGGCUCCCACUUCAACUGGACACAUUCCACAGGACCUGUGCCCAUGAGGUCGUCACCACUGGUCUUGCUCCUCCUGAUCAGCGUCCAGGCUGUACUGAACAUGGGAGGUGGAUUGGGCCGCAGCACUGGGGCAGCCAACCACAAAACAAGACAACACACAGCAGCCAAUCACAGUGCAGGACAACAGGAGACAGCAGCCAGGGACCACCUUUCUGACAACUAUACUUCAAAGCAUCAUCAUAGGACCAGCCACCACAGGACCAAGAGGCCCCACUGGUCAGCUACACACAGGCAGGACAGGAGCCCUGUUAUAGGGCACUCGCCAGUGGAUUCCUCCCCUGACCCAUUCAGCCCAGUAGUAGACCCCAAGCUCUUCUCUAAAAGACACUACCGCCCCUCACCCCGUGUUAUCUUCAGUGAGGUGCCACCAUCGCACGAUGUUCUGGAAAGUGAAGGCUAUGACAUAGAAGGGGUGCGAGGGUUGAGGGUAAGGCGUGGAGCAGGAUCACGUACCAUGCACCGGGGAGAGUACUCAGUAUGUGAAGCCAAGAGUGAUUGGGUGAACCUGACUCAAGCUACAGACCUCAGAGGAAAUGAGGUGACAGUACUAUCCAAUGUAACAAUCAACAAUGUGGUGAAGAGGCAGAUGUUCUAUGAGACCAUCUGUGUUUCCCCCACACACAGGGGCCCCAGGACUGCAAGCGGGGGGCGGCCUGGGGGACAGGGUGGCAAACAAAGUUCCAAAUCAGGCUGUCUGGGCAUUGACAGUCGCCACUGGAACUCCUACUGUACCAACACACACAUAUUUGUAAGUGCCCUGACCACCUUCAAGAAACUGACAGCCUGGCGUUACAUCCGCAUCAACGCUGCAUGUGUGUGUGUUGUCAGCCGGAAGUCUUGGGCGGGAAGAUUUCGACACUGACUGAGGAGUCGACUCCCAACCGCUGAACUAUGAAUGAAGCACACAAACACUUCUACUAAACAGCCACUGCAGCUUUAUUGCCAAUACUGUAGUCCUUUUCCCCCCGCAUCCAAACAUACACCUGUACUGUCCAGAGAAAUCAAUCCAUACACACACACAAACACACAUGCCCCUUCACACAACCCCUCAGUCCCUGACCCUACCUCAGUCAGGUAAGUCCUGGUUAUUUUAAGUUAUAAGGACUGCAUGUCAUAUUUAUGGUUUAUACAGUCAAAUAUGAGAAUAUAUACAGUAUGUGUGUACAUACAAAAUGAAUUCAAGCUUUAAAUGUUGAUGUUGAUGUUAUUGUUGUUGUGUUGUUCAUGCUGUUAUUUAUUAAACACCUCAGU